AUGGCGUUUUUUUUUUUUUUCACUACUUGCAUUCAAUCGACUGACAUCGUCUCCUCGACCCAACCCGACCCGAUCGGCUCUUGUAAAGAAGGCUACCAGCCCAAUUUGGCAACCCUGAGUGUGCGGAUUGGCAUUCAAUUAAACACGGAAUCUAUCUAUCUAUCUAUCUAUCUAUCUAUCUAUCUAUCUAUCUAUCUAUCUAUCUAUCUAUCUCAUGUUGUCUAUUGGAAUAUCACUUUAAGGCCAAGUUCAUAUCUCAUCUUCCUUCUCCUCAUCUACCACCACCUCCUCCUCCUACAAUCACAAUCAUUGCAUGCGUUAAGCCAGCUUCCACUUCUUGUUGUCAGUCCCAUAGUGUCACGUGAUGAGAGAAUCCCAUUCAGAAAAAAGAAGUCGUGUCUGCAUUGCUUAUCACCACUUAUGUUUACGCCCUUUUCCUCCCAUUCACUUAUCUAG